AUGGCAACGAUCGAACUGUCCAGUGCAUGCAUUCUUAGUUCGUUGAUGAAAUCGACUAGCGUAGUUAUGAAUGACUCUCCAACCGCACCAAGAGAUACGUCUAUACAACAACAGCAACAAGAGAUACGUCUAUACAACAACCGCAACAAGAGAUACGUCUAUACAACAACCGCAACAAGAGAUACGUCUAUACAACAACAGCACCAAGAAAUACAUCCACACAACAACCGCAACAAGAGAUACGUCUAUACAACAACAGCACCAAGAAAUACAUCCACACAACAACCGCAACAAGAGAUACGUCUAUACAACAACCGCAACAAGAGAUACGUCUAUACAACAACCGCAACAAGAGAUACGUCUAUACAACAACAGCACCAAGAAAUACAUCCACACAACAACCGCAACAAGAGAUACGUCUAUACAACAACAGCACCAAGAAAUACAUCCACACAACAACCGCAACAAGAGAUACGUCUAUACAACAACAGCACCAAGAAAUACAUCCACACAACACCCGCAACAAGAGAUACGUCUAUACAACAACCGCAACAAGAGAUACGUCUAUACAAAAACCGCAACAAGAGAUACGUCUAUACAACAACCGCAACAAGAGAUACGUCCAUACAACAACCGCAACAAGAGAUACGUCUAUACAACAACCGCAACACGAGAUACGAAAUACUAUACAACAACCAACAUACAUCCAUACAACAACAGCACCAAGAAAUACACAACAACAGAGAUACGUCUAUACAACAACCGCAACAAGAGAUACGUCUAUACAACAACCGCAACAAGAGAUACAUCUAUACAACAACAGCACCAAGAAAUACAUCCAUACAACAACAGCACCAAGAAAUACAUCCCUACAACAUUAGAACGAAGACAUACAUCCAUAUAACAACAGCACCAAGAAAUACAUCCACACAACAACAGCACCAAGAAAUACAUCCAUACAACAACAGCACCGAGAAAUACAUCCCUUCAACAACAGCACCAAGACAUACAUCCAUACAACAACAGCACCAAGAAAUACAUCCAUACAACAACAGCACCAAGAAAUACAUCCACACAACAACAGCACCAAGAAAUACAUCCAUACAACAACAGCACCAAGAAAUACAUCCAUACAACAACAGCACCAAGAAAUACAUCCACACAACAACAGCACCAAGAAAUACAUCCACACAACAACAGCACCAAGAAAUACAUCCCUACAACAACAGAACCAAGAAAUACAUCCAUACAACAACAGCACCAAGAAAUACCUCCCUACACCAACAACAGCACCAACAAAUACCUCCCUUCAACAACAGAACCAAGAAAUACAUCCAUACAACAACAGCACCAACAAAUACAUCCCUACAACAACAGCACCAACAAAUACAUCCCUACAGCAACAGCACCAAGAAAUACAUCCCUACAACAACAGCACCAAGAAAUACAUCCCUACAACAACAGCACCAAGAAAUACAUCCCUACAACAACAGCAACAAAAAUACAUCCACACAACAACAGCACCAAGAAAUACAUCCCUACAACAACAGCACCAAGAAAUACAUCCCUACAACAACAGCACCAAGAAAUACAUCCCUACAACAACAGCACCAACAAAUACAUCCACACAACAACAGCACCAACAAAUACAUCCCUACAACAACAGCACCAACAAAUACAUCCCUACAACAACAGCACCAACAAAUACAUCCCUACAACAACAGCACCAACAAAUACAUCCCUACAACAACAGCACCAACAAAUACAUCCCUACAACAACAGCACCAACAAAUACAUCCACACAACAACAGCACCAACAAAUACAUCCCUACAACAACAGCACCAAGAAAUACAUGCCUACAACAACAGCACCAAGAAAUACAUCCCUACAACAACAGCACCAAGAAAUACAUCCAUACAACAACAGCACCAAGAAAUACAUCCCUACAACAACAGCACCAACAAAUACAUCCCUACAGCAACAACACCAAGAAAUACAUCCCUACAACAACAGCACCAACAAAUACAUCCCUACAACAACAACACCAAGAAAUACAUCCCUACAACAACAGCACCAACAAAUACAUCCCUACAACAACAGCACCAACAAAUACAUCCCUACAACAACAGCACCAACAAAUACAUCCCUACAACAACAGGAAGCCUGAUGGGGUGUGGAAAGGAUACAAUUCCAUGAUCAGUGCUUACACCGAGUUAGACUGGCGGAACAGCCCUUUCACUUUGAACCUCAAGGAUAUCAGCUACACUGUGGGAGAGCGUCUGGGACAAUGGUGGCAGGGUGCAUGCUUCAGACCUGUGAGAAAAAAACGGGUACUGGACAACCUCACUGUCCAGUUCGUCAGUGGUCAGCUGACAGCUGUCCUUGGCAGCUCAGGUACGGCUUGUAAUCAUCUGGUCAACUUGGAAACCUUGGGUACAAUGAAUCACAAUGGAUAA